AGGUUUUACUGGGAUGCCUGAUCUUGCGAAUGCCUGUGUUGAACUUGUACUUCCAUAUCCACUUCCAAAGAGAGCUGCGCCUUGAUGAGCAGGAUUAUUGCCGGCAUCUCCGCCGUUAUUGAUGAAGAAACCAAGAGGUAAGUGUUCAUUCCAAUAGUAAUCUUCUAUACUGUCUCGUCGUUUGAUCACAUGAGGGCGUUGGCUAUCUUUUACUGGACUGCUGAACUACAUAAGACAAUAAUCAUGCAUGCAAUCACUUGACUUACAGUAACUUGUAUGAAAAUGUAAUUGGAUGAUGGUGCAUGAAUAUGCGCUAAUUAAGUAUUCAAGACAAACUUUUGCUAAUUUUUUUUUAAUAACUUGACAAUCAAUAAGAUCGAAGGUCAGGACAACGGAACAGAAGUUCCCAAUUAAGUCCCACCAAGACAACACAAAUACAGACGUACAUAAAAAACUAUUUACAACAGUAAAAAUUAAUCUCGAUUGAAGAAUGCUGGAAUGGUUAAUCUAUUGAAACUCAGUUUGUGACUAAUUUAUAUGAAGAAAAAAAAUGUAUCAAGAGUUGUAACGAAAACUGAGCAUAUUAAGCAUUUUACAGAUUAACCCAUCGAUCAUGCUACGAGCCAAACUAACAUAUCAUCAUCAUAAUCAUCUUCCUCAUCAUCUCAUCUAACUUUUAUUCAAAUUUAACCAAAAUUUAAUUCCUCUGUUCUUGGUCAAUUUCCAUUUGUCCCACCAAUUUUGUAUUAAUACAUUUGAUACUUUUUUAAUAAUGGUGCUAAUUCGCUUUGCGCGAGAGAAUUCGUCUAGUUCGGAUUUAACUAUAGUCAUUACAGUGAGCAAGCAAUGUUUUUGUCAAUCCUCGAAAACUUGUUUACAUAUAACUAACAUACAACUAAUGGCGCCAUUUUGGAACCUAGUGCUCGUGUAAGGACAUGAAAAACUUUAAAAAUAUUAUGUUUUGUCAUAUGCAUUGAAUAUUACCACAAACUGACACAAGCACAGUUUUUUAUCCAGUCCCUCUCGGCAAUCCGCCGUUCGUGUUCACGAAAACGUCGCUUGACCAAACUCAGUCCCAAUUCUGGAUUCUUUAUUUAAUAUUUAAAAAUUACUUACAGCGAUAUGAAAUGCGCCAUAAAUGACAAGAAAGCCAGCUAGGCUCCGUGGUAACUUCAUUACCUGAAAAUAGAGGAGACUGUGUGCAUUAAAAGACAAUGGCAACAAAAAAAAAUAUUGCCUCAUUUGAAAGAGCGUUUAAAAUUAUCUGUAAAAUCUUGUUACGGAUUUUUUAUGUCAAGCUUACCGCUUGAAAUAUUUUAACUGAAACCAAUUAACUGCUCACCAUCUUGGAUUAAUUCUUAACCUCAUUAAAUAUCGUUUUAAUUUGUUUGACAUCAGGCCUUUUAGGCCCGUUAACACUUGUGUGAUUCUCUUCCUCUGAUCCAUGUGAAGGAGUAGAUGAGUUAUGAAUGUUGUGAGUGUAUGUACCUUCGUCUGAACAUUCAUAAUUCAAGCCCAAUGCUCUGCCAACUGAGCUACGCGGUCAGGUCGGUUCGAGUAUGCGAUAUUUCGGAACUGAGUCUAGUUCCUUCGAUAUCAGUGUAAUCUAAUAAUCAUGAAAUUUGCUGUGUUGGUGUAAUGUACUCAGGUGAAUAAGAUGCUUGUGUGAUGUUACUCUGAGUGUAUAUCCACACCGUGGCCAGGCAUAUUUUUCAAGCCUGCCCGGUGUGGAUAUAUUCAAAUUAUUUUAAUUUCACCUGAGUACAUUACACCAACACAGCAAAUUUCAUUCAUAAUUCAUUCACACCAUCAGAAGAAGAAGAAAAUCACAUCCAAAAACGCAGAAAAAAUUGCAAGUUUAAACGGGUCUUUAGAGUCGAUUUGUUGCAUUCUUCUCCACAUGUUAUUCGGCCUUACCUAUUCAUUUGUAUCAAAGUGAUAAUUUUCAAUGUUAAAUAUAAUUUUGAAACUUGAAACGACAUCAUUUACGAUCAAUUUCAAUUAUCCUCACUCUGAAUAAUUUGGGUGAAAGAAUUAUAACUAUAUGUAACGUUUGCAUCCAAUUCCAGGGUGGCAAAAAUGUCUUUAAAUUAAUUAGGUAUUUUUGUUAGUUAAAAAAAAAUUACACCGUCUCCAGUACAAUGCAAAGGGGACAGUGUCACAUAUAUGUACUACUACCAUUGUAUCUUUCCUAAUAUUUCAAUGCUAUUACGGUGUCUAUCCAUGUAUGCCAACCCGCGUCACGCUGGGUGGAUACGAUUUGAAAAUGCACGAAACAUUCCGGUUUCGAAAUUAAGUUUGUACAUUAAAAAGAAAAUUGAAUAAUCUACCAAAAAACUACUAUAUUUUAGAAUAAUUUAAAGGUUACAACGCGUGUCUAAAAUAUUUUUAUUUAUUUUAUCAAAGACCCAAACCACUGCAGGUCAUAAACAACUUAUUAUUACAAAAUCCAUCUUCGUUUUCUUAUUUCGUAAAGAAAUUUUUAAAUAAGUUAUAAUUUUCGUACCUAUUUUUCCAAUUUGCUUCCCAAAAGCAGUAUAUCCUUGAAAUUAGAAUAAAAACGACAAAUUUUAUUAUAUUUUAUAAAGAAGUUUCUUCACUUGCCUUGUAAGAUCAUCGACUCGUAAAGUCAUUGCGUCAUUCACGCCUCGCGUCAGGUUGUCAAACCAACCGAAUGCUUGUUCGCUCGACCGUGAAGAUUUGAUUUUGUCUAUGUAGUUGCCCGCCUUGUACGAUUGCAUGACGAACUGAUUCCGAUCAUCCACGAUCGUUACAAUAAAUACAAAACAAUAGAUACUAUGUAAAUUGUAAAUAUUGUUAUUCUCAACGUUUCGUUUAUAGUAAUUUUCAAGAAAAUGCUACGUUUUUAAAAAGCCAACUAUUUUUUGAAAACGUGGAAUUCUCCUGAAAAUGACAGUAAAUAAAUAGUCGAAACGUUGAGAAUUACAAUGUUUACAAUUUAAGGAGUGUCUAUUGUUUUGUGUUUGAUUAAAAGACAUACUCUUUGGGUAAUCUUUGGACUAGACUAUGGCUUCACUGAUCAUUAGAUUGAUAAAUCCUACGUGGAUUGGUGUGCUUCAUGCGUAUAUAUAAGCCAGAAUUUAGUGAUAAACAGUACACUGGUGUCCAUGAUACAUUAAUACACGCUCAGUCGUCUAACCAAGGUCACACGAUGAAAGUCAACGUUACGACUUACACUGGGAUAUCCUUUUGCAAAGUUCUAUAUUGCAAUAUCUGUUAAAUAUGCUAAAUAAUGUUUACCACACGAAUUGCCUGAUGCCUCUUGAAACGCUACGAACCCGUUUACGAAACACUAAGAAAUGUUUCGCUGGGAUUGGAUAAGGUUUUAAUCAAGUUCUAUAAGAUUGAAAAUAGUUUUGAACAAGUCAUAAGAUUGGGAAUAAGUUUGAACAAGUCAUACGAUUGAAUGAAUUUUGAUCAAGUCCUAGGACUGGAUGAACAUUGAUCAACUCCUAGGGCUAGAUUAUGUUUGAUCAAGUUGUAGAGCUAGAUUCAGUUUGGUUGGAUGUCCUAAGGCUGGAUGAAGUUUGAUCGCUAGCGCUGGUUGACGUUUGAUCAUUCCUAUAGGAUUGGAUGAAGUUCGAUCAUUUCUAGGACUGGAUGGAAGUUUGAUGUGACUGGUUGAAUCCUGUCAAACUGUAUCCAAUCCCAGGAUAUGAUCAAACUUCAUUCAGUCCUGGGACUUGAUCAAACUUCAUCCAGUCUUGAGACUUACUGUAUUCAAACUUUAUGCAGUUCUAGGACUUGAUCAAACUUCAUCCAGUCCUGGGCCCUAGUCAAACUUCAUCCAGUCCUGGGACUUGAUCAAACUUCAUCCAGUCCUAGGACUUGACCAAACUUCAUCCAGUCCUAGAACUUGAUCAAACUUCACACAGUCCUUGGACUUGAUCAAACCUCAUCCAAUCCUAGGACUUGAUCAAACUUUAACCAGUUCUAGGACUUGAUCAAACUUCAUCCAGUCCUGGGCCCUGGUCAAACUUCAUCCAGUCCUGGGACUUGAUCAAACUUCAUCCAGUCCUAGGACUUGACCAAACUUCAUCCAGUCCUAGAACUUGAUCAAACUUCACACAGUCCUUGGACUUGAUCAAACCUCAUCCAAUCCUAGGACUUGAUCAAACUUUAACCAGUUCUAGAACUUGAUCAAACUUCAUCCAGCCCUGGACCUUGAUCAAACUUUAUCCAGUUCUAGGACUUGGUCAAACUUCAUCCAUUCCUGGAAUUUGAUCAAACUUUGUCCAACCCUAGGCCUUGAUCAAACUUUAUCCAGUUCUAGGACUUGAUCUAACUUCAUCCAAUUCUCGAACUUGAUCGAACUUCAUCCUGUCCUAGAUCAAGCUCCAUCCAGUCCCAGGACUUGAUGAGACUUAUUCUAGUCCACCCAGGGCUGAAUGAAGAUUGAAUGAGACCAGUGCCAGAGCAGCAUGAAGGUAUGAUCAAGUUCUAGGGCUGGGUGAAGUUUGACCAUUGCUAGAACUGGAUAAAAUUUAAUCAAGUUCUAUAGGACUGGAUGAAGUUUGACAUUUGCCUGAAACUAACUCUGAGACUCGAAUUCCAAUCCAAUCCUCAUUUUUGGAUAGAAACUGCUUCAUAAGCUAAACUAAACUAAAUUAAACUAAACUAGUUUUUUUUACUUGCGUAGUCUGUCAGUCCUAAACUGUUCUACCCAAGUUCCAUGACAGUGCAAAGCCUCAAAAUAAGUAAAAUGCAAUAUUAUAAUGUUUUGUUUUAUUGUUACCAUAUAAAGAUAAACUUUUCUAUUCACAAAAGUAUUUGGACAGGUUGAGUUAACUGCUCGUGAAUGUCUACCAGCUGUACUUUAAUGACUGCGUUAAAAACUAGCGACAUUUUAAACAGACUUUCUAACACAUCAAAUAGUGUCUUUGAACUGAAAAUUUACACGUCAAGAAUUGAAAAGUUCAUAAUAGUUCUAUUAUAUCUAGAUUAUGUAUAAACAUAUAUAUGAAUUUUUAAUUUGCACAUUAUAUUUCAUUGUGGUGUUAUACGGGAACCUGCGUACGAAUUAGUAUUUGUCCUUUGGCUAUUUGAUAUGAGAGAAAAUUUAUACGAAACUCAAUUUACAUUGUCAUACACGCAGUAUCGGUUGUAAAAGUUUAUAUUAAAUGGUCCAUGGGUUUGAGUUCUGCUCAAUGUUUUAAGCAAUAAGCUAAAUAUAGUCCUUGGUACGUUCACUGAUAAACAGCAAAUUUACAAUUCUUCCGUUUCAACAAAAACGAGUUUAUUUAUAUCAACGUCCAUCAGUGAUCGUGAAAAAUGGUUGGUCCGUUGGUUUAGACGUGACGUUUUUGUUUCUCUUGGUGUCUCAGCAUUUCAGCGUGUCUCUUUUCCUUGGCCGCUCGUUUUCGUUUACGUCUCUUGCCGCCGUCUCGUAAAGCGUCAACGACGUUCGCCUCGUCCGGAACGCAUUCGUACCAAAUCUUCAGAUAUUUAUACGUAUUCCCGCAACUCUUAUCGUCGAAGAAGAUGUUGGAGGCGACCACCUCGCAAGCCUGUUGAUCCUUACAUUGCCCAUCGACCUUUUCUUUUGUAUUCUCUUCGUUCGUCUCGCAGAGGUUGUCGAUUGUAAGCCCGGUGGGAACCUUGGGACACGUCACGUGAUCAUCACGUCCCCAGAAUGAUUUGGUAAUCUUGAUGAGCUCGUAUUGUUUACAUUGUACCCAACCCUUCUCACCUUCGCAAAUCACGGUGAAGUUCUAGUGAGGAAAAAUAAUUCUUAAAAAACAGUUCAUAAAAGAGUUCAUUUAAGCACCAGCCUUAUUUUUAUGCUGAUAUAUUACUUAAAUUUUACGCAGAAAAACCUUGCACAUAUGAAAUGGCAGAGUCAGUAUUUGUUGUAAUUAACCAAUUUACUCCGAAGCUAGUCCGAAGUUAUUUAUUCCAUACGCAAACUCUUCUGAUAGAUUUUCCUGGUUUCCAAACUUUGAGAGACAUUGCUAGGAAAUGGUUAAGAAACUAUUCCCCUCACAAUGUUCCCAGCUUGACUUGACUCUUACUAACGAAGUAGUCUGCCAUAAGUUUGGAUAGCGUUUGGGAACAUCGAUAGUAUUUUCUGAACUUUUUGAACUUACCGGCAUGAUAGGUUCUGGACCAGGUGGACCAACAGCACCAGGGGAUCCAGGUAAACCAGGAGCACCAGGUAAACCUGCGGCACCAGGCGCACCUUGCUCGCCAGGAUCACCUUUCUCACCCGGCAAACCUGGAGGUCCGGGUGGACCUGGUGGUCCAGGCGUGCCCGUCGCACCUGGCGCACCGUCUUCACCCACGUGACCAGGUGGUCCCGGUGGACCUGCGAUUCCAGCUGGACCAGGCUCGCCAGCAUUUCCAGCAGGGCCCGGUGGACCAGGAGGACCGUUAAGACCUUUCAAGAAGAAUCCUAACGUCAGGUUCUGUUCUAAAAGUUGUGAUACCAUGAGUUGAUCCAGGAAUGGUUGGGUGAUCCGGUCACCGAUCUUUGGCCAGUCUGGUAAUAUUCGUUGUGAAAGCUAGGAGGAAAUAGAAACAAAAUAUUUAAUUUUUCAAUUCACUUUUAAAAACCUGAAAAUGCAACCGUAAACUUCUUAAGUUGGGUUUGUCAACAACAAUUUUUUUACAGUCGUGAAUACACAUUCUUGUUUGACAUUCAAUGUUAGUCUUCUCGAAAUAAAUCCAUCAGUGAGCAUUAUUUUGUGUGAUAUCUGCAUAUACAUGGUUCAAUGUGGGUAUGCUAUUCCGAAAUAUAUGCUAUAUGCUAUUCCGAAAUAUAUGCUAUUAUGAAAAUGCUUCCGCAGUUUGUAUCUGAACAACGUGAAAAAUCCGUUUCGACGUUUCAAGCAAAUUCCUUUCGUCUGAAGGUAUUCAGUAUUCUCAAUCUUUUCAGGAAGUUCGAUACGAGCCGCGACAACACUGGGAAUAUAUAUUAUAUAUGAGUUGUGAUUUAAUAGAGUUGGGUACGCUUUCACAUUUUAGUAUUAUCGCAAUUCACGCGUGGCUAGAGUAAAAUUGAGUAGUGAAAAAGUCUUUCCUCGUUUUGAAAUAUCUGAAAAAUACAUUUAUAGUUUAGAGACCAGAAGGAAAUGAAGUAUAUAGCAGUCUAUACUUCUCAAGUGCUUGGCUAGAUGUUGCCUGCAGGUACUACCUGUUGUUGAACAUUUUUAUAUCAAAACUCCAAAUAACUUGGUAAAAUCCUGUUCACCAAACAUAAAAAACGAUUUACAGCUCUGUUUGAACGCACUACAAACAGAAUUAUUGCAUUCUUUGAAUCAUAAGAAUUUAGAAGUGUGAAAAAUAACUAAUGUACUAACUUAAUGUACUAUACAUGCAUAUACCUUGCCAGACAAAUAUGGUUUCGAAAUUUUACACGAUUGAAUAUUAUUUUAUAAUGCUAAUCUGCACUGAAGAAUUUAACGUAGCUCUGGGGAGUUAACUAUUUUUUCCAGUACUAUGUGUUGUUUGGAUUUGUAGAGGAUUAUAGCGUUUUAAAUUUAUUUGGCUGUAUAUUUUGAUUAGAUCCCUGAAGUUAAAUGUACUCAUGUACUUAACUUCCCCUAUAUUGGAUGGUUUAUUCGCUCAAUUAUAUUUUGCAACAUGUUGACGUAGGAAAAAGGAAAUAUGAAAGAGAGCAUGGUAUUAAAUUGUUGGUUUCUUGACCUUUUAUGGUAAUAUUCGGUUGCCCAGAUGAGUGUAGUCAAGUCCACUUACCGUACAUCCUACGUAUAUCGUUAAAAGGCCAACUACUAGGCUUGGGAAGCCUGUGCCUAGCCAGUGCCUCAUUUCCUGGGAAAAAGAUAAAAUGAAAAAUAUAAGUUCGAAAUCGAUGUUAUAAUAUCUAAUACGUUUGCAAAGAAUUAGUUACAAUGUUUAUAUAUGAUCUAAAUAAUAGCAAGUAGUUAUCUUGCUAUAAACUGCAAAGUGUAUACGGUAUAUAAUAUACUGGGUUACAAAAUAUACACAGCAAUUAUGGCUCUUAAAACGUCCAAAGUAGUUACAUAUAUAUGGUCAGCCAUUUUGUUUCCGUGCUUUGCUAUAAUUUAACCACGUUAUUUAGCGAUACGUUAGUAUUAAUAAAUAACAAUAAUUUUAUGUACAAACAAGUUCUUGAAGAAUAUCAUGGCCAGCAUAUGUUAAUUAGCGUUAUUCAUAUUCUUGUAUCGAUUUUUAAUCAUUUAAAUAAAACAAUCUCGACAAAAAUCAGAAUCAUGUCCUGGUCCCAAGCUCUUACACGACAUCAUUCCUACAUAUCAUAACUCGCACAAAUUGACAACAACCUACCAAAUUCUAUCCACCAAGCUUUUAAAAAGAAUAUUUUGGUAAAAUUAAGUUUUAUUUAAGAAAAUUUACGAAACAUGGCUUGGCAAUCCAUCGUCUCCUGCGAGAAUGACUCAACUGUUAGAAUAAUAAAGUCAUCGGCUCGAACAAUCACGUGACAAUUCGGCGACAAUUUUGCUUUAAUAAAAACUGACAGAAAAGCGAAAUUGAUGUAUAUUUGUAAUAUAUUUACAAAUCCCAACGUUAUUUACGGAUGUGGGUAGUAAGAAUUCAAAUAUAGUUGGAUUUAGGGAAGUAUUAUAAGGAAUAAGUUAUAUCUGUAUUUGUAAGUAUGACAUGACCCAAUUGAUGGUUCAACGAGCCGUGAUAAUAAAAUACCUUGCGAAAAUUAGCUUUAAAAAAGUAGUAAAACAAUCCGUAUACGACGUGUUUUGAGAAAGGAAGAUCAAUUUUGUUACAUACCUUAUUACUAGUUCUGUUUGAUGUUAUUGAAUGAAAAUAUUCCCUUCGAACGCGAUAAGUUUCCCCCGACCUGUUGAGUCGUUUUUACAGAUCAAGAAUAUUUCCUCGGUCACUGGUAUUUUUCACGCUUGCCUGCCUCAGCCAAUCACAGCACGAGCACCUGCUUCGAUACUUAAAACAAAAUAAGCAAGGGUCCUCGGUCUGAGAUCAUGUAAGAUUGACAAACAUUUGGACGUUUUGGCCAAUCAAAACAACGCUGUUUAAUCAAGCGUCAAUUUCGAUCGUCCAUAUAGCGAUGAUAACAUUUCGGCAAUGUUUUGGUGUGAUAUUUUUAUCAUCGUUGGAACUAGCUGUCUAAGAGUCAGACUGUGCUCAGACGACGCGGAUGAAAUCUCUGCAUUUUAUUGGGGUUUUCCGUUCGAACAGGAUGUGUGAAACGGGAUUAAUUCUAUAGCAGUAAGGCUCAUUUACUCUUGCAAUUUUUGCUGCGAUUUCUAUUGCGAUUUUCUUCUUGUGAUGUAUGUGAACGAGAAGACGAGUUAUGAAUUAAUGUUCUGACUGCAUGCACCCACUGAACUAUAAAUAAACUGGAAGGCUAACUCAGGGGGGGAAAUUGAAGCCAGUGCAUUUUAGUUUUUCUGAGUUAUGAGCAGAAAUACUGAACACUGAACGUUGGGCUAUAUAUCAAAUUGAAGCUCUUGAAAAACGCUAUUUGGUGUAGAAAUUUCAAGACUUUAGCUAAAAGGGAAAUAUUGAAAAACUACAAACAUAAUUACCGAUAAUUUGCCGUUUUGCAGUUGUUUUUGUAUUUUUUAAAUAUUUUUCUUUUCGCUGAAGUCUUGAAAUUUCCACACCGAAUAGCAAUUUUCAAUAGCUUCAAUUUGAUAUAUAGCCGACGUUUGGGGUCAAGUAUUUCUGCUCAUAACUCAGAAAAACUAUUUUGGCUUCAUCAAAUCAUAGGCCUUCAUCAUAGCAGUUAGCCUUCCAGUUUAUUUAUAGUUCAAUGCAUGCACCUUCAUCUGAACAUUCGUAACUCAUUCACUCGUUCACAUCUAUCAGAAGAAGAAAUCUCACAUAAAAUCGCCACAAAGGUUGCAAAUGUAAACGGGCCUAUGGGGAAUAUAAAGUAAAACAAAUUCCGAAGAGAUGGAUCUUGAAAAUCAAAGGUAUAUGGAUUACAAUCAAGAAAAAAUUUUAUAUGAUGAUAUUUCGUUCAUUUCAAAGCCUUCUACAAACCAACUGAAGAAGGCUUUGAAAUAAACUCGAAAUAUCACCACAUAAAUUUUUCUCUUGAUUUUUAUCCAUAUCUAUAAUUCGAUUUUCAAGAUGCAUCUCUUCGGAAUUGGUUGUAUGUUUUUUUCAAAUUGUCCACCGAAUGGAUUUUAACCGUAGGAAUUCCCUUGUGAACAAAUGGAAUCUGACGAAACUGCGAACUGUUUCAAAUUCUUCCGAUUUCAUGUGAACAUGCAUGGUUCCCGUACAAACGUAUGCGGAUUCUCUUGUAUCUAGAAACAUUUUGUUGCGGAUACACCUUCCGUGCACACGCAUUCGGCGAAAACGCACACCGAAACUGCAAGCUUUUGAAAAUGCUCUCCAGAAUGGAAACGUUUGAAAACGCAACGAAUCCGGAUGCGUGGAGACGCACUGUGACCGCGGAACGUUUUGAAAACGAUGACGUAAAUCGAUGAAAUUUGAGGUCCACCUACGGCGCUAAAAUAACGAAUGACAGUACCGAAUCCAGUCCACGCUGAUGGACUGGAUUCUUAGUUACGCUUUGCGACUUUAUUUUACAGAAUCACAUUUAAAAGAAGCUGUACUCCAUCAUCUGUGCUGACUGUCCACACAAAGGGCUAGCUCUUAUUUUUUCCCUUAGGUUUACUAACUUUUCCUCCAGAUUCGACAUGUUACUUGUUCGUCUACUCUCGCACCAUGGAAAAGAUUACAGCAAAAAUAACACCAACCACAUUCGUAUUCGCGGAUAACAAAACGUUUCCAGAUACAAGCGAAUCUGGAUGCCAAGCGAGUGUGGACGGGGUUUCAAUCUUAAGCCCAUUAGUGACGAGCAACUUUUCCAUACAAGUUCUUUGGCAAGAUUACUCUCUCGAGUGUAAGACAACGAGUUUCCUUUCGACUAUCUUUUAUUGACAAACUAGUUUUAAGAUCCGCACUAUUUGAGUACGUAACCAGUUUCAUGAUAAUUUUCGUUCGGAGCUGCUUGCAACACAAUUAAGGGCGGCUGAAUUACGCUGAAACUGUCUACGAUACCACACUUCAAUGGCGAAUUUAAAAUAAACGAGAUUUAAUGGCAAUGCCAAUGGCUGCUCGAGGCUGAGUGCACAAUUCUAAUUUUAAAGGACGAUGGCAACAAAAAUGUUUAUUGUUUCGUUUGAAAGGAAGUUUAAAAUUAUCUACAAAAUUUUGUUACAGAUUUUUGUAUCAAGCUUAACUCUCGAAAUAUUUUGACUGAAAGCAAUAAGCUGUUCGUCAUCCCUUGGAUUAUUGAGGAUAUAUGCAUCGCAAGCUUUUUUACCCGGAUAGCCAGUGAUCAAAAUGCACCCAAAACUUCUUUUUGGUUGCUAUUUCAAAUUUCGACAACAACUUUUGAUUGUUACUCGGCAACUUAAAAGUAACCCCACUCCUGACGUCAUCAAAACAUCAAAACGAUAGUUAAUGAGGUUAAAGAUGCGAUACAGUUCGUAUGUAAACAAAGGUUUUGUUUACAUUUCGGUAUCCGAAAUAUAGAAUUUUAUUCGACAACUAUUUAUAUUUUCAUGAUUCUAGGGUAUAAUAAAUUAUCAAUACGCAGCAAUCAAGCUUUGCAAGAAUAUAAAAUGAAGUAAAAACCUAAAUAAACUGAUUUUAUAAUAAAAAGAGGGUUCCUUUGUGCGCAUGUGCAGAUCGGGCUGUACAGCAUCUGUAAGAAUUGAUCCAAGAUGGCGGAUAGCUAAUUGCUUUCAGUCAGUGUUUCAAAAGUUAAGCUUGAUACAAAAAAUCUGGUAAAGGAUUUUAUAGAUAAUUUUAAACGUUCUUUCAAAUGAGAAAGAAAUGAGAAAUUUUUGUUGCCAUUAUUACAGCCAAUCGACUUUUUAUCGUAAUUGUUACCAAGAACCGGAUUGGCUGUUUAAAAUUAGAAUUAUGUCGUAGGCGUUUAUGGGAGUGUUAGCGCGAUGCAAACAUUUAAUGGAUGCUACAGUUCGGUGAGCUUUAUUAUAUUUCGGUAUUAAUUAAUAAAUUCGAACCCUCUACAACAGUCUCCAGGGCCGUAGCAACCGGGGGGGCUGGGGGGCUGCAGCCCCCCCCCCCCCAAUAAUUUGCUAAUAAUCAUUCUUUUUUCAAAAUCAUGCAAACUUUAUCAUUUAAUCUGUGACAAACUGCAAAGAAUGAAGAUAUUACUCAUACUCCAGAUCGUUCCUCGCGUAGAAAUUUUAGCUGAAUUUCUGUCGCGCAUUUUCAAAAAAAUCCCACAAAAUCUGCACAUUUUUGAUGAACUAAUGAUUUAUUUUGUCUUUUGCGUGUUGGGUCUUGCGAAAGAAAACUCUGAAAAUGCCAUUUCAGACCAUCUAGAGACUCCAGAUUUUCGAAAUUUUCUCAAAUGUUCUACCUUCAUUUCCGCGCAACUGCCAUUUACGACGAAAAUUCCCGCCGCGCAUUUAUAAUACUACAGUCUGGCCCAUAUUUUCCUGUAAAUUUCGACAUACUAAAACGCUGUUUUCUGACUAUCAGAAUUCUGUUAAAUCUUCCCCCAAAGUCCAGGAAAUGGCAUUUUAGAGACUCUAAAUUUAAAAAUUUCCUCGGGCCUUCGGCCCUCGCUUUCAGCCCCCCCAAUCGAAAGAGCUUCCUACGGCCCUGGUCUCUCAACGAAACCAAUCCUCAGCCGCAUAUAUAUGUGUGACUUAUCAAAAUAUAUUUGGCCUGAUAGUAUCAAAAAUCGUCUCAGGUCAAUGAGGUCAUGACAAACAGACGGAGACGUAGAGAUGAACAGUCCUAUUCCAAUUAAGGUUGUCCCGGAGCAAAGCGGAAAAGUCGAAUACGAGCGCGAAAGGCUUGCUGGGAAUCAUUAUUUUUUUAACGAUUCGUGCAAGCCUUUCGCGCUCGUAUUCGACUUUUUCGCUUUGCUCGGGGACAACCUUAAUUGAAAUAGCUGUAUAUUGUUCGCUAAUUUUCUCGUUACGGCAGUUCCACAUUAAAAUGUUCAAUUUGCAUAUAUGAGCAAAAAUAUCCAUUAAUUACCAAUGGUAUCCCAAAUCAUCCCAGAAUAUCACACUUUAUCCCACACAAGUUUCGACGUUUUUAAACUGGUUAGGGAUAAGAUUGAUAAGAACAUGUAGAGCACAGAUGUAUACAGAUCUAGGAAGGAAAAUUGAAAAUUAGAUUAAUUAAUUGGCAUUAACACAUAUUUCAGUACAAUUUACAGUACUUUUAACGCAUAUUUUAAUACGUUUUACAGUAUUUUCUGGAUACUGAAAUUUCCAUAAAAAUGCCAUAAUUAUUCUUGUUCUACAAGAAGUUCCAUUUCACUUCAAAAAUUCUAUAAAAUAUGGAAAUUUCUAUGAAACGUGGAAGUGCUGUCAUCAAUAUUUGUUUUUGAAAUUUAGGCGCGGUCACUAAUUCGGUGUCAGAAAUGUCAACAACUCAACCAAGCCCGCCAGUUCCGAUUGUUUAAUAAAUACUCGAUGAGUCAUCGCGUAUAAUUAUAAAAUUCGUGAGUUUUGAUCGAAUUUGGCGGGCUUUGUUGGGUUGUUGACUUUUCUGAUAUAUUAAUGAAUUUGCGAUCGCGCCUAAAUUUCAAAAACAAGUAUUGCUAUCAACCUUUUUCCGUGAGGUGGUCGCGUAUCACGUAAAACUGCUGCAACUGUUUAAUUUAUUCUGAUUUAGCUGAAACUGAUUGGCUGAAUAUAUAAACCAAUGGAGCAAAAAUCUGGCCCAGUCCUUGCAAUUUCAAAACGUCAUCGCAGACAAAAAAUAAUUUACAGCUCGGCAGCAGUUCGACCCGGCAGUUUUUUCCCAAAUGACAAUUUGAAAUCGAAGACGUAUGUUAAUAACAGAUGGAUUAUUUAAAAUCGGAAAUAUUGAUCUGUUAUAUGUUCAUUAACUUGUUCUUACUGUCGAUCUUUAAUAGAUUCUUUUAUAGCAUAAUAUAUUAAAUAAAAUUGUUUGAUAAUCAUUGACAAAAAUUUGCCGUAAUUGUAUUUUUGGCGGCAAUUCACCGUAAUAAGAAAGAUGGCGGAUGUCGAUGUUACCAUGAUUCUUUGCGAGCAGAAAACAUGUCUGUGUGGUGAAAAUACCCCAAAAGAAAUAGUAUAUAUCAAAAACCUAAAUUGAUGUUACCAAGUACGUCGAACUAUUUUAACACUUAUAACCAAUUAGGUUCGCAAAGCAUUAUAGUAAAAUCGACCGAUCCGCCAUCUUUUAUAUUUUGGUGAAUUGCUGUUUGUCGCCGGAAAUUGGGAAGAUUUCUCAAGGCCUGACAUACGUAGUACCGCAUGAGCUCUAUAUAUACCUGGAGCAAGAAAUUCAAUCAUUCGGCCUAUAAGAAAAUUGAAGGCAAGAUGGCGGCCAUGCAUUGACAUCCAAUAGCUAUGAAGGUCCUAAACAGUUUUAAUACAAUUUUUUCCUGCUAAUUUCUAACGAACCGUGUAGCUAAUCAAGUUAUAAGUUCAUAAAACUAAUAUUAGUCUUUAAAUCGAAAUCAAAAUACGAAAUUGACUAAAACUCAUGCUGGUGGUUUAUGCGGGUUUUUACGUACUACUUAAAAAACGAGCAGGAGUGUUUUAUUAGGUUUAAAGCCACGAGCGCGCAGCGCGAGUGGCUUUAGACCUAAUAAAACACGACCUGCGAGUUUUUUAAAUGGCUUCAAAAACGUAUGCAUAAUAAGUCAAAUCUUUAUAUAAAGACGUAUGCACGUGACUAAUUUCUUACUCAAGAUUGGAUAAUUGGUUCAUGAAUUAUUAAUGAGUUUUUCAAUGUAAUAUUAAGCUUUUUAAAUUAAAAAAUCAUAAAUUUUAUUGACAGGAAAGUUUUGUGGGAAAAGUUUUUUUUUUUUUGUUUUAUUAGGGUGUGCAGUUGCAAAAUUAGGUUAUGCGUCUAUCACAAAGAAACGAGCCACUAAGAUGAAAGAAAAUAGGAGCGACAUGAUAGGUGAAGUAGGGAUAUAAGAAAGUAAAUCAGGUGGUAUGUGGACUGAGAGGACAGUGCACAUUAAUGUACACACAUGAUCAAAAUCAAGUAAGUGAAAGGUUAUAGCGAAUAGAAUCAGUGACUGGUGGAGAAUAGUGUUCUAUAGUUGUGUAUUUAUUUGCAGGAGUGUGAAAGCAAUGAAAUAAAAUAAAAAUGUUUUAGCGGUAAACUAUCGGAAAUUUACUUCCUUCGUGGCAUUGCAUGCUUGUCAGUCGCUAUAGCUUGAGUAUCAGGCUCUACUUUCCCUUCCUUAAAUGUGGGUGGAUGGAAGGGAAAAGCGGGUCUGAAACAAAUCCCUGUCUGACCACAUGUAAAAAGGCCAAAAUCUAGCUUUUCACCUGAUUGGUCAACCAGACAAAAAAAUGUAAUCUGUCUUUUGAUUGGUUAGUGCUAAGUAGAUUAUAUACUACUGUUCAUGAUAUAUUUAGUAUUGUUGUUGCGUAAAUUUGACAUUUCUCUUGGGGUAUUUUGAUUAGAUACUAAAUGUGGGCGAAGAGAGAGCUGUUUAUAAGCAUGCGUAACAUGCAAGUCUUGUUCGUUCUGAUUAUAUUUAACAAUUAGUCACUGAAGGCGAGGUGAUUAUACAAGCCUGUAUAUGUGCCUUUAAUUUCUUCAAUUUUUUUCUUCGACAAUUUGUUUGCAAGUGGAUUUUUGGCAGCCAUUUUGUUUUGAAAGCAAUGGUUACUGCUCGGAGCAGUCUGAGCAGUAACUACUGCCUCAGAGUUACUGCUGAGGGAGCCAAUCAGAAAGCUUGAAAGCCAUUUUUCAAUACUGAAUUUAUACUAAAAAGUGAUAGUCUUUUUCCGGUGGAAAUCUGCGGAUUCAGUGACAGGGACGCAACUAUCCCUGAAUAAUACAAACAGAACUUAGACAUUUCAAGCGAAGGCCCUUUGUCGGUAAGUUAGUAGCCAAUAGGAACGGUUGACAGGCAACGAUCAGUGACUUUCUAUUGACAAUCUCUGUAAAUGUAAUCUUAUAUCCGCAAAACGUUUGUCGUUAAAUAUUGCGUUUUGUCAUCAUUGGCUGGAAUGUGUAAUAAAACAAUUAUUGUGUAAUAAAACAAUAUUGUGUAAAAUAACAAAUAUGUGUAAUAAAAUAAUUAUUGGAUUUGACUUACGCAUGAUUUUAAGAAUUAUUCAGACCUCGUCAAAGUUUAUCCGUCCCAGUUUCUCUUCUGGGGUACAUGACAAUGACUUCGGUCUGAAAAAUUAUUGACACCACGCUCGGCCUCAUCCAUUAAUUGUUUGUUAUCUGCGUAUGACUGAGAGGCUAACAAUACACUAAGUUUUAAGCAAAGUACAAUUUCCCCGGUAUGUUUCUGCCGUUAAAUCAUACUUAAGCCGUUCCUCAGACCUCUUACACACUACCUGCAUAAUGUCAGAUGCCAAACUGUCAAAUGUCCCGAGGCUUAGUUUUCUGUUGCAAACUUGAGAUCCAUUCCUAAUGCCGACCCUGAUGCCUGUUUCCUAACAGGCAGAUUUUAGUGCGAACUAUAAUGGCAAUACGACGCGAUUCCCUAGGUGCAAAAUUCGCCACCAAAACGUAGAAGCGUAGACCGGCGAUACUGCAUUUUGCGACACGUUUAUUAAUUUGUAGAAUUUUCGCGCCAUUUUUGUUAAUUGUAUCCAUUGUAACCAACAAAUUCUUCAGGAGACUGUUCAUUUGAGUGGUCGAAUAAAGAGAAUGGAAGCUUUAAUAAUUUUAGGAAACAAUGUCUUUUCAUUUGUGUUAGAAAGGUGAUGAAAAAUAUGUCUCAUUCUUCUGUCUCAUGUCUGACCAACUUCCGACUUGCGUUCCAAUACAAUUUUUUGCUUCGGCCAAAAAUCCUUUCGCUCAUCCAUAGCAAGUCAAAAUGUCGGUUCUAUAAGUUUAAUAGUCAAGAUUAUAAAAUGCACAGAUAAAUGACACAAGUCAUUUUUUUAUGUCAAACAAGUUCCUGGCAUGCAUAUAAUAGAUAAAGUACUGAAAUAUAUCGAGACAAUAAUUCCUACGUUUAUUAAAUCGUUUUUGUAAAAAAUUACAGUUUGCUGAUUAAAGAAAAAAACUAUAAAUCUUUUGUAUUUACAUGUCAUAAAGUUUAUGUAAUGUACUACUUUUGAGCUAAUUUGUACUUUCUAUUGCGUACAGUACAAGUAUAUUGACUGUAGUACUAUAUAGUACAGUCAAUAAUUAUAAAUCUAAUAGUAAUGUAACUUUAUAUAUAUAUUGAUUAUAAAAAUAGUUACAGGUCUUUGUUAUAUCAAUAUAUCCUGACACAGUGAUAACCAGUUGCUAUCUUUAUACGCCAAAAGAAGUCUCCUGUUUUCGAUAGAUACUUUCAAGCGGACUAUUCAUCGCGCUUGCAAUCGUUUUGCCGCCAGUUUUUAAACCGAACAAAUGAUCAGGCCAAUUUUGAAUGCAUUUGAUUUCGUCCCCGACCUGUCUUGUGUUUGCUCAAUACUGUGAUAUGAUUGGACGAGCGCGCGAUGUUAUAAUAACAUAAGGCAGUAGAAUAAUACAAUACCCGUUGACUGCCUGGUAGUUGUUUUUACGGUCGACUACGUUAUUUUCAAAUACUUUUGCAAUGAGGCAAGAUUAAUUUGGGAUUCCGAAUACGAAAACAAUCGUAGCUGGCGAUUAAGUCACCCGAAGGUAAAAUUUCCUUGGUCGAUGUCGUUUUCACUCUAAGGUUCUUCUAACUGGAUUUUUUGUAUAUAAUUUCAACCUGAUUUGAAUAUCAUCUAGGUUAUGGGCGUUUUCGCGGCAUCUUUGCCAUUCCUAUUGGGGUUAUCCCUGGUCAGAUUUUCGGUAAGUGAUCAACUACAUGUUGUUUAUCUAUUCAACCUUAUCAUGGGAGAAUAUGGCUUCGACAAUUAUAUUAUUGUAGCUUCAACUUCGAUUUUGUACUUUUCAGAAGAUUUAUCGUCUAUCCCACAGUAAUUAUACUAUAGUAGCUUUUAUAUUUUACUAUUGCGCUUCGUAUGUUUAUUAAAAAUGUCCCAUGGUGGUAUGUUUUCUUUCAAUGAUACCUGAAGAGACCAAAGCAAAUUUUUAAUGUCCUUCUCUAACUUCCAAAUCUUUCUGUUGUUUUAAAGUGAAAAGUAUAUAAGUGUUUUCUAUUACGGAGUGCAAGGGAAUACUGAAAAUCGUUUGUUUCUUGUAGCAUGUCAUGCGAAUAAUUUGUCAAAAUUGUACCUGUUAACAUAUUUUCAAACGAGUCUUCAACAUAGUCUAGGUCUGAAAAUUUACUUUACCGAUUAUAAUAACUUCAAUUAUAUAACUUCUUUUUAAUUUAUUCAACAGUUCUGCAUAUAAUGUCAGUAUAUACGUUUUAUGAUGUACUACUAUAUGUUAGUAGCAAAUUCGAAUGAGUGAUUAUAGAUGUUGUAAUAUAUGAAGACCUUACCUAAAACAGAUAUGAUAAUUUGAUUUAGGCCUAUUUCUCAUGUCAAGACAAUAUAUCCUACCAUAGAAAAUUGAAAUAAGUAUAUAUAUAGUAUAGCAUUUAGAAUGAAGUACAAUUACUUUAAUUGUUUCCAAGUGAAAAUAAUUUCAUUUCAUUGGGAAACAAAUUUCAAGCAAGCAAAUAUUCCAAUUGGAAAGGUAAAUGUGUGUGAAAGAGUUCAUGAAACUGUAGAUUUAUAAUAAAAUACUAACCAUUACACCUUUGUCUUUGGUGAAUAUUUCUGAACACUCCGUUGAAAAUAUGACAUGAAACUUGACUAAAAAGGUCCUAUCAGUGGAUCCCUCGUUAUAUUGAUAUAUGGACAAAGAUUCUUGCUUUAUUAAUUUGGAUCUUAUUCCACAUUCAGUCGUGAGACAUUUGUAUAAAAACUCUAAGAUAUUAUAAAAUAAAAGAUCGAAGUUUUACAAAGUUUUAAGCGUCACGCUUGAUUUCAUUCUAAGUUUAUAAAGCGUUAGCGGUAGUGGACAAUUACAAGCCUGUGAUUUAGUUCACUCUUUCGUUUAUCAUGUCUUUUGACAUUUAUAUGUUCCUAGUUAUUUUAUUGUCUUCAGAGGUCAGUAUAUUGUGAAGUAAUUCCUUGUUUGACAUAGUUAUCUUAGACAACUCAAUGAUAAGUGUACUCUUUCGCUAUUCAAAAAACAAACGCCUUUCGUAGGCAGAUCUUCAUUUCUUCUUUUCGUUUCAUUGGUGGAUAUAGUGCUACUAUAUCAUUCUCCAUCGAAAUCCACUUGUCAGUGUGAUGAAUAAUAGAUAUAAUUUGUUAGUUGGGGUUUUUUUUCAGUGCAAAAUUUUUUUAUCAAUUUAAAUAGGAGUUGCAUAUUUGUUUCUGACUUUUCAUUCAUUCCUUUAUAGACGUCCGUUCCAGUAUCAGCCGUACCUCCAUUGCUAAACAAAUUAUUAAAAGAUCAAAAUGUUACGUUGGGUUUCAUCUUAAAAGGUCUUCAAGGACCUCCUGGACGAGAUGGAAUCUCUGGGAUGUCUGGACCUCCAGGUUUACAAGGUCCGCCUGGUGAGCACGGUGAUCCAGGUGUUCCGGGUAUGCCUGGUGAAGCAGGAAUGUCCGGACCUCCGGGUCUUCAAGGUCCUUCUGGUCUUGAUGGUCAGCCUGGAUCCCCAGGUUUACCUGGUCCCCCUGGUUUGAUUGGAGGAAGUGGUAUGGCAGGUCCUCCCGGUUCGCCCGGAUUCCAAGGACCACCUGGUAUGCCUGGACCUACACCUAUCAGAUACGUAAGUAUAACGACAAUGCUUAUUAAUAUAGACAGACCGACUUGGAAAAAAGUGGGAUCUCGAGAUCCUGGAUCCUAAGAAACAUUUGCCUUAGCACGCGACGAUUGAGGAACAUCUUCAAGUUUUCGCACUAUUUAUGUGAGAAUCUUAAGGAAUCAUUUUAUCAUACUUCUUAUCUGUCAUUUAGUUUAGUUUAGUUUAAUAGCUUUAUCAUCGAAUAAAUAUUUACAGAUGAACGGUGGUGGUCCAACAGAGCAAAGCCCCAAUUGAACUGGACUACCGCAGAGACAUGUUUCAUAAGUACCAUUUGAGACAUGUAACAUAAGUAACAUUUGAAACAUGUAACAUAUAUAAGUACAGUCAAGUGUACUUUGUUGUUGUUGCGUACAUAAUGGCGUGUUGUGUACGGUCAAAUUUUCCAUUGUUUUUACGCACUUGACGAACAUUUGAAAAAAGGCAAAUUCAGGAUCCGAGGAACAUUAAACACUUUUUCCAGAUCUGAACAUAGAGAUAAAUAUCCUAUUACUGAAAGUGGCUGAGUAAUUGCCAUUGAUAAACAUUGGCACAAAGUGUAAUUGCCAUUAAGUUACUGAAAGUGGCUGAGUAAUUGCCAUUGAUAAACAUUGGCACAAAGUUUGGGUCAUCAGAAAUUGUCAUGUGCUAUUGUGCUUGUUUUAUGUCCAGCAUUAUUGGAAGCAUCUUAAAUAUAUCACAGUUCAAUAACUCUUGGAAUGUUGGGGAUAUUGAAUACACCUGUCAUUGUAAACUUCGGGACAUUUCAAGUGUGCUUUGUUUACCACAAUCUCGUUGUAAUAAUAUAAAAAAUAGUUCCAUGAAUGACGGUGCUCACUCAUUCACGUGAUAUUUGAGCAUAAUUUGACUCAAGUGGGGGUCAACCAUUGAACUGAGGUCAACUGAAACAACAAAGAAACAAAAUGGCUGUCAACGCAUCUUAUGUAAAUGAGUUCUCCGACUAUUAUAAAAGCCAAUAUAAACAAUAUAAAAGGCGUCCUUUACCCUUGACACAGACCCGUGUCUCCCAUGUGACGUCAUAUAAAACCCAAGAAUAUGGAAUUAUGAGGAUGAUCAUACAUAGCAGAACUGACUGUUUAUUUACUAUAUAUAGUCUAAUAUCUCUCUGACUUUUUAGAACGGCACAGUGAAAUGUGAGGAAGAUACUGCGUGGCUAAGGUGUAAUGAAUACAAACACAUCAGCAUCAUUUCAGCCUUCUGGGGACGACGAAACUUUGGUCUAUGCACAGAACACACUGGCAGCUUGUUGACGGACAAAUAUUGUCCAACCAUGCCCAAAUUUCUCACGAAGGUGAAAGAUGCUUGCGAAGGUACCACGAUGUGUGAAGUUAGAGCUACGAAAUCGUUCUUUGGUGAUACAACGUGCUAUGAUGUGUACAAGUAUUUAGAAGUCUAUUACAAAUGUAUCGAAGUUAUCAACGGUCACGAGGUCGUGAAUGAGGACAAUCUACUCAACGCCAACUUCUUGGGUUAGACUUCCAAAACUCAUCCUGUUUGUCCUUAUAAUAUAUUUAUACUCUACUGAAUUGUAUUCAGUAUACGGCGAGCAAACAGGUUUUUCCUGUAUGAAAACAGGUAUUUCCUGUAUAACACAGCGCAGCACUACUUCUCGAGUUUUUAAGCGAGCACAAAUUCACAGCCAUGAAACUACGUUGCUUUUGCAAUUGUGCCUAUCCCAGACCCUUUGGAGUAGACAUUAUUUGCAAACAAACGUUACAAUACUAUAAAAUAUCCAUUAGACAGUCUGUUUUUGUUAAAUAACCUGACAUUUCUACGAACUAUGAUGUAAUUUAAAAACUGUACCAUACAUAGACAUUGACAGUGAUCUGUAUUUCAUGUAAAUAACAUGGUUUAAUAGUAAACAUGCAUUAUACACUAACCGGCUUACUGUUGUAUAAUCAUAUUGUGUAGAGUAAUCUAACGUUUGACUAAAUUUAUAUAGUCCAAAUAAUUAUACAAUUCAAUGCACUUGUUUUAUUGUUUGAAAUAGAAAAUCUUGAUUACAUUUUCGUGCAAUGUCUUAUAAACUUAUUUUGAUAAUUCAUAACGAAAAUAGCCAACCGCAUUGCUUGAUUUUGGUCACAUGGUUACCUUGCAAAUACUGGUUACCUUGCAAAUAUACUUAAUCCAGGACUUUACGAAAUUCCAUUUCUGUCGCAUGACUGAAAAAUGAUAAUAGCAUACCAUUUCAAAACUUCAAGUUAGGAUUGGAUCGAAUUUCAAGUACUCAUAGUUGAUUGCAGUCUUUGGCGAUGAAUACUUGGAAUCCAAUCCAGACCUCAUUUUUUAUUUCAAAUUUUAAAACUUGUUAAAUCCCAG